UUUUAAUUAUACAUUAAAUAAAUAUAAACGAGGAUAAAACAUGGUCUGUGGCGAAAUUUGAUACCUAACGCCAUUAUAUCUAUUAGUUAGAUCUUUUAAAAGUUUUACAAAACAAAUCGUUUUACUUUCAUUCGUGUAAUGAAUAAGAAGAGAUCAUUAAAGUUUUGUAGUUUAAAAUGGAGUGGACUUCAUUGUUAGUGGUGUUAUUGCCUAUCUGUGAUCGGAGUUUAAUCUCCAAAGCUUGUAAUCUGCCUUCUGAUUGGACGGGUACGUGGGUGGAUAGCUUCUCUCUGACAUACGUCACGUUCAGCAGUAGCCAGGUGUUAACAGGAUGGGAAAUAUCAACCCACGGUGGUUUUGCCAUUCAGACAUGGUCAUGUAUCAGUCACGAUGUCUCAAACAGCCUGCUGCUAUUAAAAAGUGAUCAAUCGUCCAGCUCCUUUGGAAUCGCACUUCAUGCAUACCGCUGCGUUGAGUAUACCAAAAUAACGACUUACUCCUAUCGAUACAGUGUAAAAAAUAAUAUUGAAGGGAAUUACAGAAUGUUAGUGAAUGAUACGGACGGGACAACUUCUUCUUAUUGCGAUGUAACACCCCCAACAUACGAAUAUCACUUCAUGGUUAAAAACGACAGCACACAGCUGAUCAGCGAGGCAUGUCCAGAUAUACUGAGAACUUCCUUUAAUUACACGUUUAAUGACGGGUCCACAGAAGUUUGCAGUUCCGGAAGUUUAAGUUUCUGUGAUCAGACAACCACAGGGGCCUUCAACUACUCUGUAUGCUCGUCAGAGAUGGCAUAUUCUAAGGAAGGAGGUGUUCGAUGCAUUCGAAGCGUAACUGAUGGAUCUAAACAUUACAUUCUUCUUUUCAACACAGGGAUAAUAGAUUUUGUUACAUAUUUUCCCUUUACUUGCAUUGCAAUGGAGCAGAGCGGGACAGCAUUUUAUAUAAGUGAUAGUCGUGGAAGCUGCGCUAACAAUCAGAUCCCAACCACCAAAACAAAUGAUGGGCGAGGGACCCUUGUUAUGUUCAAGGAUGGAACAUGUGAAGAGGACUCUGACCGGACGAAUUCCGCCAGCUCUGACUACUCCUAUCAAGUACCAGCGCUAACACUUAAAUAUGAGAGAAACAUCGUGUAG